AACUUAAGAAAAUUACGUAGCAUAUGAUUAUCCUAUCAAUAAAUAAAGAGGAAGUGUCAAUUACGGGUUACGGGCCUGCUAUCCCAUACGCGGCACUUGAAUUAUUAGCUGUUUAGUAAACAUGCAAGCUUUUUUUCUGAUUUUCUUUGGUUUAAUGGUUUUUGCAGAAGUAAUUGAAGAGAAAACAGCAGUUCUUAUCCUCGCCAGAGGUGGAUCAAAAGGCAUACGUUUAAAGAAUCUGCAAGCAGUAGGUGGGUCAAGUUUACUAAAUCGCGCAAUCCAUACGGCUAAGAUUGCUGGAAUUCAGGAUGUGACUGUGUCAACGGAUCAUCCACUUAUAGCUCUAGAAAGCAUCAAAAGUGGAGCUAGAGUUUUUCACAGAAGUCCAAUCACAGCAACUGAUUCGGCCCCAUCCAUUUGGGGAACACUUGAGUUUUUAAGCAGCAAACCUCAUGUUGAGAUACUUAUACUACUCCAAGCGACUUCGCCCUUUGUAGAGUCAACCAAUUUGAUAGGUGCUUUGCGAAAGUUAACCUUUCCAAUUCCUUUUGAUUGUAUAUUUUCUGCUACAAGAAGUUAUAAGCUCCGCUGGAAACCUGUGGAUAUUGGAGUAACCCCAAUAAAUUUUGACCCUAACGCUAGACCUCGAAGGCAGGACUGGAGUGGAGAAUUAUUAGAAACUGGAGCAUUUUAUAUAGCUCGCAGAAAUGUUAUUAUGAGCGGAUCAUUUCAAAACAACAAGUAA